AUGGUGUCGCAACCUUUUCUCACCAAUCUCCUGCUCCUCUUCUCUAUCUUCAGCAGCGGGUCCCUAGCCAGACGAGGCGGUGGAGGCGAUACUGACAGCGACAGUGACGGUGGCGGUGACAGCAGUGGUGGAAGCGGAGGCAGUUCAGGUUCAUCAGGAUGCGGAACCACAAACAACCUUCUCAGUACGACGUACGUUGUGCCUAACAAUGCCUGGAACUGGACAUCCCAAGGCAGUAGAUUCGCGGACGCCAGCCCAACAGUAUAUGACGGGACUUACUUCCAGGGAGAAGGAUAUCUUUCCUACAACAUCACCGGUGGAUCGCGAUGUCGUGGCGCAAACGGGGAGCUUCGAAUUCUAGGAUACGCCUGGGUUGGACCACAACCGCCUUAUCCUACGGGGCCCCUAAACUCCUUCAUCGUUGGGUUCAAGGCUUGGGAAUCAGACCAGCCAGUCAGCGAGAUUCACACCGCCUAUAAACCUAUUAAAUGGACAGAGACUAGUGUUUGCCCUAUGGAACCGGAUCUCGUUCGCAUCGCCACGACUAGAGGUUGGAUGGACUUGACAGCUCAUACGUUUGGUGCCUCAGAUGUGAUGAUCAUGAAUGUCUCUACGGAUUCAACUCAAUCGGCUGCCGUUCGUUUCAAUGCUACUACAGCUUCUGACCCGAAACCAGAGAUCGAUGGAGGUGAGGGCUUGAUUCGUCUCCCUGGACGUACUUGUUCGUCAUACGGGCUACACAUGGGUUGGCCCUCUACGACGAUCUUGAAUGGAUCCGUGACAAACACUACCCUGGAUCUCAGAUUUACUGGUUCGGGUAACACCUCCUCCGAUUAUAAAAACUAUAGAGGUACCGAGGAUGAGUUGCAUAUCGAAUUUAGUGUGACCUUUUCGGGGCAAAUUGAUAGUAUCAAUUCUACCAAGGUGUUGAAUAUUCAGUCGGGCAACCAGACUCUUGCAUGGGUGCCGAAUGACGGUGUCCACGUUCUGCCGGGUCGUUGGUGGUAUGUGUUGAUGUGGGUUGUUGGGAUAUAUAUAAUGAGUUGGAAUGAUUACUACUAG